AGUUCGUGAGCAUCUUGAUUUGGCGAGAGACACACACACAGAGUCCCCCCCGCAUCCCAAACUGUCCCAGCCGCUGGGCGAGGGCAGCGCCGGCUGCUAACCUCUCCCUCCCGGGGCAGGAAUUGUCCGCUGCGCCUUUAACGGGUGUCGUUACACCGGGGGUUGAGCUGCAGGAAGAAACAGCCGCCGCCGCCGCGCUUGGUGCCCUGGCGGCGGCUCCCCUCCGGCUCCCGGCGCUGCAGCCUGAGCCCCGGGAGAGGUGCCGCUAGAGGCAGCCGAAGGAAACCAAUGUGGCCAAGGCGCCGCGUCUCCCCUGCGCGCUAGGAGAGCUCCAGCCGCCGGGGCGCAGCGGGCUUGGAGAGCGGCGGCCUCGGGCAGGUGCGGGACUCGCGGCUCGGCGGCAGGAGCCCCGGGGAGAUGGCGAAAGCCUCGCGCCCAGCUGGUUCGCGCAGAUUCAGUGGCACUCAGUGGCACAUGCAGAACAUCAUUAAUGACUCUGUGGAGAGCUCAGACGAUGAAUUCUUUGAUGCCCGAGAGGAGGUGGUGGAAGGGAAAAGUGCCAUUCUCAUAGGAAUGAGCCAGUGGAACUCCAAUGACUUGGUAGAGCAGAUCGAAACAAUUGGGAAGCUGGAAGAAAAUCAAGCAGGUGAAGAGUCUGCAGUUUGCUCAUCUGGCUUUCUCCAGGAAAAGCAACGUGAAUUGUAUAGAGCCUCUUUGAGAAAACAAAGAUUCCCUGCACAAGGCAGCAUUGAAAUACAUGAAGACAAUGAGGAAGGAACUCCACACAGGAACUGUAAAACUCAUGUCCUUAUUCUUGUCCUACAUGGGGGCAACAUCUUAGAUACAGGAGGAGGGGACCAGAACUGCAAGAUGGCUGACAUCAACACCUUCAGUUCCGUGUUUGAGAAGGUGACCCGAGCCCAUUUCCCUGCUGCACUGGGCCACAUCUUAAUCAGGCUUGUCCACUGCCCAGCCAUUUGUUUGGAGGCUUUCUCUCUUGUUUCCAACCUGAAUCCCUACAGCUAUGAUGAGAACUGCCUGAGCAGUAGUGAAGACCACAUCCCACUGGCUGCCUUGCCCUUGCUGGCCAUUUCCUCCCCUCAGUACCAGGAUGCAGUUGCCAUGGUGAUUAGCAGAGCCAACCAGGUUUACAAUGAAUUUCUCAAGUCUCCAGAUGGGACUGGUUUUAAUGGACAGGUGUGCCUCAUCGGUGACUGUGUUGGAGGAAUUUUGGGGUUUGAUGCCAUCUGCUACAGUGCUGGCCCUGCGGGUGAGAGUCAGAACAGUAGCAGGAGAGGGAGCCUCGGCAGCAUGCAGGAUAAUCCCCUUUUAGCAGAGGAUUCCAGUCUGGGUGGCAGCAAACGCCUAAGCAAAAGUAAUAUUGACAUUUCGGGAAUCAUGGAGGAUGAGGCACCAAGGCAACCAUUGCCAAGGAAACAGAGCGACUCGUCCACUUAUGACUGUGACACUAUUUCCCAACACCAUGCUUUUCUGUCGAGUAUCCACGCGAGUGUUAUGAAGAACGAUGCAGACUUUCCUCCUAUGAGCAGCUCCAGUCUCUCGGAAGUAAACCUGGGACGGUUUGAAUUUGAAGUUUCAGAUUUCUUCCUGUUUGGAUCACCGCUUGGUUUAGUACUGGCCAUGAGGAGUACUGUUCUGCCUGGACUGGAUGUUUGCCAAGUCCGUCCAGCUUGCAGCCAAGUGUACAGUUUCUUUCACUCUGCUGAUCCCUCUGCCUCCAGGCUUGAGCCGCUGUUGGAGAAAAAAUUCCACCUCUUGCCUCCAUUUAACGUCCCAAGGUACCAGAGAUUUCCACUGGGAGAUGGAAGAUCACACCAUUUAGCUGACACUCUCCACAACCAGAGCGCCCUGCUUCUUGAGAACAUCUCCAGGGUCAUACCCUCCUCUCCAGAGACUCCAGAAUCUCCAGACACGCUGAGUCAGUCACAAGGAAGGACAAGGAGGACAAGCUUGGUCAGCAUGAACAGUGAAACCUCUGGGUCGACAGAGAGCUUGCCAUCAACAAACAUCUCCAAUAUUACUGCCAAAUGGUGGGGAACAAAGCGAAUAGAUUAUUCCCUGUACUGUCCUGAUGUUCUAACUGCAUUCCCAACAGUGGCUCUGCCACAUCUCUUCCACGCCAGCUACUGGGAAUCAACUGACGUCGUGGCAUUCAUUUUAAGACAGGUGAUGAGGUAUGAAAAUGUGAAUGUCAAGGAAAAUGACAGCUUGGACCCUGCAACACUAAGCCCCUCCAAUCCACGAGAGAAAUGGCUACGCAAGAGGACACACGUCAAGCUCAGAAACGUAACUGCCAAUCACAGGGCAAACGAUGUCAUUGCAGCCGAAGACGGUCCUCAGAUACUAGUUGGGCGGUUUAUGUAUGGCCCCCUGGAUAUGGUCGCUUUAACGGGUGAAAAGGUUGAUAUCCUUAUUAUGACUGAACCCUCUUCGGGGAGGUGGGUGUAUUUCGACACAGAGAUCACCAAUAGCAGUGGCAGGAUAUCCUACAACAUACCCAAACAGAAGAGGCUUAGAGUUGGCGUGUAUCCCAUCAAAAUGGUGGUUAGGGGUGACCAGAGCAAUGCAAUCAGUUACCUGACUGUGCUUCCCCCGGGAAUGGAGUGUGUGGUGUUUAGCAUUGAUGGCUCCUUUGCAGCAAGUGUCUCAAUCAUGGGUAGUGACCCCAAAGUUCGAGCUGGGGCUGUCGACGUUGUCCGACACUGGCAGGAUCUGGGAUACCUGAUCAUCUAUAUCACUGGCCGUCCUGAUAUGCAAAAGCAGAGAGUGGUCUCGUGGUUAUCUCAGCACAACUUUCCUCAAGGGAUGAUUUUCUUCUCAGAUGGGCUUGUUCAUGACCCACUACGACAAAAGACUAUUUUCCUCCGGAAUCUAAUGCAAGAGUGCUACAUCAAAAUUUCUGCUGCGUAUGGCUCAAUGAAGGAUAUUUCUGUGUACAAUGUUUUGGGUCUGUCGCCUUCCCAGAUCUACAUAGUUGGACGUCCGACAAAGAAAUACCAGACUCAAUGUCAGUUCCUCAGUGAAGGUUACGCGGCGCACUUAGCCUUGCUGGAGUUCAGUCUCCAUUCACGGCCCAAGAAGAACAACUCCCGGAUGAUCUUGAGGAAAGGAAGCUUUGGCCUGCACUCCCAGCCCGAGUUUCUACGGAAAAGGACUCACCUUCGCAGGACUAUGUCUGUGCAGCAGCCUGACCCACCUUCGUCGAACCCCAAACCAGAGCGUGCCCAGAGCCAGCCUGAAUCCGACAAAGAUCACGAAAGGCACCUGCCUCCCAUAGCCUGGGUUCGAGGCGGGGUCCAUAAAUUUGAGUCUGCACCUUAGGAAGCAUUGAGGUAUAAGUCUUGGGUGCCGGCCAAUCAACCUGUAGGCAUGGGGUGGGACACAGCCAGAGGCUUCCUUGCUCUGGAAUCUGCCUUCUUAAACCAAGUAGGGAACUUUGUUUGUUCCUCUUAACACACCUAUUAUAAAACUUAAAAUCCCAGAUCUAAAACUAUCGCAAGUGCUUAACAUCAAAACUGCAAAAAUAUGUCUUAGAAUUUUUUUUUACAAUACACAUUAUAAAAUGUGCAAUAAGAGAAAAGCGGUAACAGGUUGGUUUUACUCAAUGGAAGAUGCUUAAAGGAGUGACAUCAGUUAACUAGUAGUACCUU